AUGAAGAGAAAUAGCCUGUCCUCCUUUUCCGCCUCUCUCUGGUUGCUGUUUACAGCAGUGAUGCUUCAAGCUGUAGAAUCAGCUAAAGGAAAAUAUGCUCACAUGCUGUUCAAUGAACUGUUUGAAGACUACUCAAAUGCUCUAAGACCAGUGGAAGACACAGAUAAAGUACUGAAUGUCACCCUUCAGAUCACAUUGUCCCAAAUUAAAGACAUGGAUGAAAGGAACCAAAUUUUGUCAACUUACUUAUGGAUUCGACAAAGCUGGUAUGAUGCAUACCUCAAGUGGGACAAAGAUAAAUAUGAUGGGUUGGAUUCUAUCAGGAUUCCAAGCAAUUUGGUUUGGAGACCAGAUAUUGUCCUAUAUAACAAGGCCGAUGAUGACUUUUCAGAACCAGUGAAUACUAAUGUUGUGUUGAGAUAUGAUGGAAAAAUCACUUGGGAUGCACCUGCUAUCACAAAGAGCUCAUGUGUAGUGGAUGUAUCUUAUUUUCCUUUUGACAGCCAGCAAUGCAACCUUACAUUUGGGUCCUGGACCUAUAAUGGUAAUCAGGUAGACAUCAUCAAUUCUCUUGAUAGUGGUGACCUCUCUGACUUUGUAGAAGAUGUGGAAUGGGAGAUUCAUGGUAUGCCAGCAGUUAAGAAUGUCAUCACUUACGGCUGCUGCUCUGAGCCGUAUCCAGAUGUGACCUUCACACUGAUUUUGAAAAGGAAGUCUUCUUUCUACAUAUUUAAUCUGUUGCUUCCUUGCAUUUUGAUCUCUUUCCUGGCCCCACUGGGAUUCUAUCUCCCUGCAGACUCUGGGGAAAAAGUGUCUCUGGGUGUUACGGUUCUUCUUGCUCUGACUGUGUUCCAGCUGAUGGUUGCAGAGAUCAUGCCUCCCUCUGAAAAUGUACCUUUGAUAGGAAAGUAUUACAUAGCAACUAUGACCAUGAUCACAGCUUCCACUGCACUGACGAUCAUUAUAAUGAAUCUCCAUCACUGUGGCUCAGAAGCAAAGCCUGUUCCACAAUGGGCCAGGGUGGUUAUUUUGGACUACAUGUCAAAAAUCUUUUUUGUUUAUGAUGUGGGUGAAAAUUGCACAAGUCCAAAAAGAGAGAAGGAAGAAGAACGUAGGUUAGAGGGGGAUGAUGGGUGCCAGAGCAGGCACAAAGAGGUAAGGAGUUGCCUUUCUAAUAGCAAUGAUGACUCUGCUCUCAAGGAGAAGCUCAAUGGAAAUUUGAAUAAAAGCUAUGACGUUCAUGGUGAAAAUGUUAGGGAGACUGUUAACUGCUGUUCCUGUUACAAAAUGCUGAUUAAGAACAUUGAAUAUAUUGCCAAUUGUAUUCGAGACCAUAAAGCAAACAAGGCCAAAGGAAUUGAGUGGAAAAAAGUUGCAAAAGUGAUGGAUAGGUUUUUCAUGUGGAUUUUCUUUAUCAUGGUGUUUUUCAUGAGUGUGCUGGUCAUUGGGAAAGCUGCUUAACUGAAGAUGAACACAUUCAUUUUGUAAAUCUGAAUAUACUGAGUGAGAUUAUUUCGGCAGAGCUCCAGGACAAGAGUGUUUUUGAGAUCUUUGUCUUGC